CGUACAUUGAACAACAAUCGACAAUUGGUUCAAACCCACAGCCAGAGAGUUUACAAUCUCGACAAUCUCGACAAUCUCGAACCAAAUCAAGUAUGUCAAGUAUUCGUCUCUUUUAAAGCAGUUGAAGCUUUGAAUGUUAUUCCCGUUCCUCAGGGAGUCAUGUGUCAAGACCUUACGAAUAACAUGAUUUGGCGUUCUAUCGGAAAUACUAGUUUUUUGCUAAAUUUUCCUAACAAAUAUGAAAUCUCACAUUACGAGGCAAAACUAUGUACUCUGUUUCCUUUCCCCACAAAUGAUAGAUAUUUAAUCAUUAAUCAUUUAAAGAAUAGAAGUUUAAUUGAAGCAGCGACUAGAGUAAACGAUAAUGAGUAUAAAGCAUUAUUUCAAGAAUU